AUGAAGCCGGCUCAUCCUCUCCCAGGAGCCAGCCGUCCUAAAGUAAAAAAAGAGGUUCAAACAGAACAAUAUUUUUAUGCACUGUCGGAUCCCAAGCGUGAGGAUGUGCCGACACGUAAACGGCGCAUAAAGCGCGAUACUGACGAAUAUGUACCAGGUGAACAGUCUGAAAGUGAUUAUGAUCCAGCCGCCGUUUCACGACAAAAGCGUCGCAUGAAAAAUUUGGAAGAAAAAUUAGAAAACGAUCGUGCAAACACUAGUGCCUCAGAUGGAAACUCUGCCGCAGUUCCCUCGUGUCCUACCUCGACUACUGUCCAAGUCUCACCGAUUCCUCCACCAGCUAAA